UCUAACAGUAAACAACACUAAACUGAUUGCCAUUUAAUUGUGUUUUCAAUUGAAAUGCAAUUAAAUAGCAUUUGUUAUGCAAUCGACUCAUUCAUACACAAAACAUAUAAAUAAAUAAAUCUUUUAUUAUACGAUAAGUCUUACGAAAGCAUUCAUUAAUACAAACACUUUGUGUGUCAACAGAAAUAGUGUCACGAAAUACAAAGACAUCGAUAAACGGACGCAAAAGUGGACACAAUAUCACCGAAAACUUGAUCCCAUUUAGCACUACCGGUCGCCACAAGUAGUUAUGUCGCAGACAGUGGUAACCAAUGAUAACAAUCAGUCGACUGCUCCCCGUUUGGUGGCCAUUGACAGCACCGCCGCUGAGAUAUCGCCGCAGACAACCACACCAUUGACUUUACCGCCGAUGAUACGCGUGUCCAUCGAUGGACAGUCGGUGUCACCGCCGCAGUCGUCGCCAGGCUUACCAACUGUAAGGGACGCCCGCAAGUCAGCCGCCACUCCAUGGGAUUUCGUACGCAAGCUAUUCAUUAUUCUGAUCGGAACUCUUGGCUGUACGGUAAUCAUUGGCUUCACGAUUGUCAUACCAUUGUCGAUGAUAAUCGUGGGAACGGUGUAUAUGAAUGACUGCAAUGUGGAGAACAUACCGGAGUUUCUGUUCAUAGGGGGUAUGGUCUGGCUGUUCAAGAAUGUGAUGAAUGUGUGGGCGCACUGUCGCCACUCCACAGCACUCGAGACCGAAGCCGAGGCGGCGCUCCGGCACCGGAAGCACGAGUCACUUCUCAACUGUUUUUUGUUUGGCUGGUUUGUGGCCGGCUGUAUCGUAGUCUACAGGGCAUACCUGCCGGAGUUCGAGGACAGGCUGUCGGUGCGCUACUGCAACCGAACGGUGUAUUUGUACGCCUUCUGGUUGGUUACGUCGACGUUCAUUGGCUUCGCGUUAGUGAUGACAUGCCUGUGCGGACUCACCAUGUCUGCCGUAUUCACCAAUAGUAACAACGAUGAGGAACGACAGGAAGUGGACAGCCGUUCGUGAGACGCGGGCAACCGCUAGUGUCUGGGGAUGUGCUGAAGAAUUAAUUGAAAUAUAUUGUGAUAUUAACUCGAAUCUGAUGUAAACAAUACUGACUUUUUUGUUGGCUUUUUAUUUUUAUGACAUUUUUGGAGCACAUGUUUUGCGAGUCGUUUCCGAGACUUCGGUUAAUCUCUCAUUCAUUCCGUUAGUAACGUUUCAUUGAGUCUCUCUCUCUCUCUCUCUCCCUCUCUUUCUCUCUCUCUCUCUC